AUGGAAGAUCUCAACGUCAGCAGAGACUGCAAAACUACAAAAAACUUUAAAAAUUUUGACAAAACCUCCACCACCACCACUACCACCAGCAAUGACACCAGUGAACAAAACACAUCCACAAAAAUUUUGGGCCAACAACAUCAACACGAACCAGCACCAGCAAGAGCCACAUGCCAUAGAUAUUUAUCUCGUUACGUGAACAAAUUAAAAUCUUCCCUCGAAUGUUGUUCACUGAUCAACGUCAUCAUCGCCAUCCUCUUCAUUCUCGUCAUAUUCCAAUAUGGAGUCUCGAUUAAUUGCUACUUUCAGCUGUCAACAGCUUUGGACAGGUUGGAUAACAUUGACAGGGAAUUUGAGCAAAUAAAACUGCAACAACUGCACAGGUACACAGACUUACAACAACAACAACCACAAUCAUUACAUCAGCAAGAACAAUCUUCAGAUGAGCAACAAUCUCAGCAAUUACAACAUCAACAACAAUAUCAUCAACUUCUCAACGAGGUGGUCUAUUAA